CCCAACGGCCGCCGCGUCUCUAUGGAAACAAGCCCUGCUUCCACGCAGCGGAGGGCACGAUGGCUGCUGGGGAGUUCGGGGACUUGGGCGGCUACUAUUUCAGGUUUCUGCCUCAGAAAACCUUCCAGUCUCUGAGCUCUCAGGAGAUCACCAGCCGGCUCCGCCAGUGGUCCAUGCUGGGCAGAAUCAAGGCGCAGGCGUUCAGCUUUGACCAGACAUUUCAGGCCUAUCGGAAGGAUGAUUUUGUUAUGGCUUUUUUCAAAGACCCAAAUGUUAUUCCCAAUUUGAAGUUACUUUCAGAUUCUUCUGGACAAUGGAUUACAUUAGGAACUGAAGUGAAAAAAAUUGAAGCUAUAAAUGUUCCUUGCACACAGCUUUCAAUGUCAUUUUUUCAUCGGUUAUAUGAUGAAGAUAUUGUACGAGACAAUGGACAUAUUGUUAAAUGUUUAGAUUCUUUUUGUGAUCCAUUUCUCAUUUCUGAUGAGUUACGAAGAGUUUUGCUAGUGGAAGACUCAGAAAAAUAUGAAGUAUUUGGCCAACCAGAUAGAGAAGAGUUCUUGUUUUGUCUUUUCAAACACCUUUGCCUUGGUGGAGCCCUUUGUCAAUAUGAGGAUGUGAUUAACCCAUAUCUGGAAACAACAAAGCUUAUCUAUAAGGAUCUGGUGAGUGUUCGAAAGAAUCCUCAAACCAAGAAAAUACAAAUUACCUCUUUUGUCUUUAAAGUUUCAGCCUAUGAUUCUGCUGGUAUGUGCUAUCCUUCAACAAAGAAUCAUGAACAGACAUUUUCUUACUUUACCGUGGAUCCUAUCAAGCGUCACCUUCAUGUUUUAUAUCACUGUUAUGGUGUAGGAGACAUGUCUUAAUGCUCUUUCAGAUGAUGUACAUCUAUUUUUAUUUAUCAUUUUUGUAUUUUAAUACUAACUUAUAAACAUUUACUUUGCAAAUUAAUUCAAUAAAAAUAUAAAGAGCUUACUUAGAGUGGAGGAAGGCAAACACCAAGAUGCCUUUUUGAAAAAUUUGUGUGGAAUACUAACCAGGGAUCAAAUGUCAUCCCUAAUGAAAUCUACACCAAAAAAAUUGUGGAAUUUUUGCCAAAAGUUACAAGGAAUUAGAAGUCUAAUUCAUAUUUGUUGCAUUUUGAUCCAAGUGACUCCUCAAUUUUUCAUGUAUUUUAAUUUAUAAGCUAAUUAAUUCUGGAUUGAAAAUGUAGCAGAAGGCUGGGCGUGGUGGCUCACGCCUGUAAUCCCAGCACUUUGGAAGGCCGAGGCAAGCGGAUCACAAGGUCAGGAGUUCGAGACCAGCCUACCUAAUGUAGUGAAACCCUGUCUCUACUAAAAAUACAAAAAUUAGCUGGGCAUGGUGGCACAAACUUGUAGUCCCAGCUACUCAGGAGCCUGAGGCAGGAGAAUUGCUUGAAUCUGGCGUUGGAGUGAGCCAAGAUCGCACCACUGCACUCUAUACUGGGUGACAGAGCAAGACUCGGUCAAAAAAAAAAAAAAAAGAAAAGAAAAAUGUAGCAGAAAACUAAACAUUUCUACCACUGAUCAUUAAUAUGAAUUGUUAGUUUAUUUAACUUGUUUGAUUUAAUUGCAUUUCUCCAUUGCAGAAGCCUUUACAUCUCUAAAGCUAGGAAAAGCAUAACAGUGUUUUUGUUUCAUUUGUUUCACUUAAAAGCCUCAAUAAAAAGAAAGUUCUGAAA